GUUUUGUUAAUUUCUGGACGUACGACAAAGACGAAAGCAAAGUUCGUUUCCACUCUUGAGUCUCUGAAGCUUUGAGGUAUCACUCGUAGUUCUUGUCUUCGUCGCAACUGCGCUCAGACGUGAAGGCUCAUAGUGAGAAAACGAGUGAGAGAGAGAGAGCUAAGUUGGAGAAAAAGAAUGUGCUUUUCACGUCAAAUGUCUCGCGGACGAGACAUUUAGAUAUCUCCUCGGGUAGCUAAGUCAAGAAAAAGAAGGAGAGAGAGAGAGAGGGAGAGAGAGAGAGAGAGAGAAAGAGAGAGAGAGUGUGAGUGAGUGAGUAAAGCCCGUGGCCAAACGCGAAGGAGCAUCCGCUGGUGUCGGCUUAGUGGUGUCGGUGAGGCAAUAAAUAAUAUCACUCGAUCAGUCAACGGCGGCCGUUAUACGCCGAACUCGAGAAUGGCAAAGACGUACGAUUAUUUAUUCAAAUUGCUGUUAAUCGGCGACUCCGGCGUAGGCAAGACUUGUGUUCUGUUCCGUUUCUCCGAGGACGCGUUCAACACGACCUUCAUUUCUACUAUCGGCAUUGACUUUAAGAUUCGUACUAUUGAAUUGGAUGGCAAAAAAAUUAAAUUGCAAAUAUGGGAUACUGCUGGACAAGAAAGGUUUCGAACCAUAACCACAGCUUAUUAUCGUGGAGCAAUGGGUAUCAUGUUGGUUUAUGAUGUCACAAAUGACAAAAGUUUUGAAAACAUUAAGAAUUGGAUUCGAAAUAUAGAAGAGAAUGCAUCUGCAGAUGUGGAGAAAAUGUUGUUAGGUAAUAAGUGUGAGCUUAUAGACAAGAGGCAAGUCACUAAGGAAAGGGGUGAGCAAUUAGCUGUCGAAUAUGGUAUUAAAUUUAUGGAAACCUCAGCAAAAUCUAGUAUCAAUGUGGAAGAAGCUUUUUAUACCUUGGCUCGUGAUAUUAAAGCAAAAAUGGAAAAGAAACUGAAGGAGGCAUCAAAUCCACCAAAAGGAGGUGGUCAUCAGUUGAAAGCUUCAGAACCACAGAGGAAGCCACCUAGUUGGCUUGCUCGUUGUACUAUACUCUGACCCUCCAAAUAUAUGCAACUAUACAACGAGGCGUAUCUAUUUACUAUCAUUAUUUACUUAUAUUCAUUUCGUCGAACAAACCAGGUGUUCUGUGAAAUUUUUUACAUCCCAAGUAUUGGAUUUAGUAGGUUUACUCCUUGACAAUGAAAUGUACUUGCUGUACUAAAGGCUCAGAAAUUAUUUACAUAAAUGCAUCAUGUACGUAUAGUGCAUCCGAAAAAAUCCUCAGAGGAGAAAGUAUUAGAAUUCUCAAUCUUAUAUAAGAAGCACAUUGUUUUAGCAUUCAUUUUAGUUGAUAUAAUAAUGAAAAGUUGCUGCUUGCUCCAAUCUCAUUAAAUUCAAUAUGAUUGAAUGAAUUUAUGCACUAGUUUUGUGAUAAGUAGAUUGGUAAUCCUUAGUAAAUACCUUUUAGUUAUAUUUUAUUGGGUCAUUAAAAAAGAAUAUGAGAUUGGUGAGAUUUUGUUGUAAUAUAUUGAAUUUAAUGAACUUCUCCUCUAGUAUUCUUAUAAAAUUAAACAGAUAUGGUUGAUAUUUUUCUCAUUUUAUUGAAGAGUCGAUAUAUUAAGUAUACAAGUUAAUACAUGUUACUUAAAACUAUAGCGCCAAUGGGGUAAUGUAUAAAUUGUUUUGUGCACGAAAUUCUGUAUCGUUUUAAUGUGAUUUACCAUUGUGUGUUUUCGUUUAAUUUGGAGGAUAUGUCUAUAGAAAUACAUAUAUAGAAACAUACAUCACCGUGCAACAUCACACAAUGAUUAAAGUAAAGAACACACGUGUGGGUGUGGGUGGGGAUGAGUGGAAUGUGAGUGUAGGUGUGAGUAGGGCAUGGUGUGUGCGUGCGUGCGUCGUGUGUACACGCGCGUGCGCGCACGCGCGUGUGUGUGUGUAUGAGAGAAAAAGAUAUUAAGCACUAUAGAUAUCACGAUCGUUUUUAUACUGUUAUUAAGCAAAUAGCUUUUUCACAAAAUUGAUGGAAAACUUAAAGUAUACUAAGCAUUAACUGGUGUAAUUAAAAUGCCUUGUGACGAACAAGAAAUUUAUAUAGAUAAUUUUGUUAUAUUACAAAAUAGUCAUAGAAUUUUUAUUAGGUCUACAACAAAAAAGAAUAUAAGCGUAUAAGUAUGCCAAACUUGUUUUUCGAAUGUAUUAUUUUGCAUGUAAGAGUAACUUUGUCUACAAGGUCCUAUGAUAAACAGAAAUAUUUUAUUCGUUGAUUGUCAUAAUGUACAUUUUCUUCAGAAAAUUUGCAUUUUUACCAUUUGAACUUAUUUAACUUAUACUUAAAUAUACAGACAAUUAUAAUACAUCUUUUAUUAA